UUUUAUUUUGUUUUUCUACUUCAUUUCCAUUUGUCGGCAGGAAGAUUUGUUUUGGCAAAGUGUAAUUCGAUUGCACAGAAUUGUGUGACGAAUUCGGACUUAAUUUACGUAAUGGCAUCGUAUCGCUUGAGACCUUUCUUUCAGACGUUUGAACGUUUUACGAUCAGACGUACAUUUACGCCAGGCGAUAUGCGGCUCACAGUGGUUCGUCGGUUUGCUGGUUCAAAUCCUGAACGGAACACCAAAGGAACAUUUCGACUUGCAAUGAAGGGAGUUGCGGUGGGUGCUCUAAUUGGUACUGGUUGGUCCGGUUAUAACUACUUUGUUGGAAAACCUGCUGAUCAUAUGAUACAUGAAAAAACUGCACCAACCUAUUUAGAUAGGCUUCCGGACGUCAAAAUUACGAGAAGGGUGCAAAAUCCUCAAGAUGAUUCUGGACUAGAGUUGGUAUUAUUUCAAUUUCAGACAUGUCCAUUUUGUUGCAAGGUAAGAUCGUUCUUAGACUAUAGUGGUCUUUCCUAUUCAGUUGUGGAAGUGGAUGCAGUUCUCAGGCAAGGGAUAAAAUGGUCUAAUUCGAAAAAGGUUCCAACUAUGCUAGUGAAAACCAAAACUGGCAAUUACGUUCAACUAACGGAUUCAAGCAUGAUCGUGUCAAUAUUGUCGACAUAUUUGAAGGACAAAAGUCAGGAUGUUGGAGAACUGGCCAAAUUUUAUCCUUCUAUCACAUACAUAAACGACGCUGGUCUUAAAACAAGCGACAUCAUGAACAAGUAUUUCCUCAUGUUACAGGACGCAGAAUUUCAUCCUAUCAAUGGCCCACAAGAAGAGGAACGAAAGUGGCGAUCCUGGGCGGAUGAUCAUUUAGUGCACUUAAUUUCACCCAAUGUGUAUCGGAACAAGGAAGAGGCCCUGGAAACGUUUGAAUGGUUUUCGGAUGUUGGUGAAUGGGACAGCAUUUUUCCAAAGUGGGAACGAGAUUUAAUGGUGUACGUCGGCGCAUUCGCCAUGUGGGCUAUUAGUAAAAGACUUAAAAAACGCCAUCACCUAUCGGAAGAUGUUCGAUCACAUAUUUAUGAUGCAUGCGAUAAAUGGAUUGCUGCGGUGGAGCAAAAGAAAACGCCAUUUCUUGGAGGCAAAACUCCUAAUUUAGCAGAUCUGGCAGUGUUUGGCGUUCUAAAUAGCAUGGAAGGAUGCCAGGCGUUUAAGGAUUGCCUGGAGAAUACCAAAAUCGGUGGUUGGUUCUAUGCGGUAAGGAAAGAAGUUAUGAGUAAUCGAGGACAAGUUGUGUGAAUUACAAUAGGUUGUUUAUUAAAUGUUUACACGCUAUGAAAAAUUAAA